AGCUUCGAGAAGCGUUCCGGGUGAUUGACGAAAACCAUGACGGUACUUUGAGCUAUUCGGAGCUGAGCAAGUUGAUUAGGCUGGUCAGUCCCGAUUAUUCGGACUCUGAGAUCACGCUUCUCAUGCACAAAUCAGACGUUAAUGGUGACGGGAAAAUAUCCUUUGACGAGUUUAUUCGACUUAUGUCUUUCGGAGCAACCGAUGACGUAUCUACAACCGAAGAGGCAUUUAGAGUAUUUGAUUCGGACAAGGAUGGAUUUAUAACAAAACUUGAAUUGAGUGAAGUGAUGCAGCGUAUUGGACACAAGUACACAGAUUCCGAAAUCGAAUCCAUGCUCGCUGAAGCUGACCAAGAUGGAGACGGAAAAGUUACUUAUGAAGAGUUUAAAGCAAUGUUGGAGACUUAAAUGUAUCUAAACACUGCCCAGAUGUCAUCUGUUGUUUCGGAUGCAGUAAAACUCGUCCAUGUCUUUGGAAUGCUCAUUUGUCCCCCCAUGCAUUUUGUACAUUCCAGUUAUCAGCAGUUUUAUUAUGAA